GGAUCAGCUCCAGCAGGACUUGUAACCGAAGAUGAUGAUUAUGCUGCUGCUCCUCAUACCUGUUUCCCAGCAUGCCUCAGGUAUGGAGGUGAAGGUGUAUGAUGGGGUGGAGUCUGUCCUGCUGCCCUGUCAGUUACCAGCUGAUGUUUCCAGUGACUUCUUAGCAGCAGUGUGGGACCGUGAGGAGCUCAAGGACCCAACAGUCCACGUGCGUCUGCAGAGUGGUGAUGAUUUUAAAGAUCAGAACGUUCGUUACACCAACCGAACAUCACUGAGAGCCGACGCUCUGCAGACUGGAGACCUCAGCCUCACUCUGAGGAACCCCACAGUCUCUGACAGUGGAAACUACACCUGCAACACCCGAGUAUUUAGAGGAAAUCAGAGCCAGAUCGAUAUCCAACUGAAGGUGACAGGUCAGUGCUGCAGACAGAGAUCACGUCCUCAUGAAUACUGUUAUAAUUUCAGUAAAAUUUAUGUUUGUGCUACAGAACCUCCUGCAGUCUGGCCCAUAGUUCUCUCAGUUGUCCUGGUUUCUGUGGUUCUCCUGGCUGCUGGCUUUGGUGUCUUCAUGUAUCAUAGAUAUAAAAUGAUGAAGAGCAGAAAAGUCUAUCCAGUGGAGAUGGUUGAGGUGAAACAGGGGGAGGAGUCUGUCCAGCUGUGCUUUCAGAUCACAGAAGAAAAAAAUGUUCCUCUGGACGUCAAAGUGGAGUGGAGACAUCAAAACACGAUGGUCCAUGUGUAUAAGAAUGGUGGUAAUCAGUCUCUAUUAAAGGACCAGAAUCACAGAGACCGCACAGAGAUGAAUGAAGAUCCUCUGAGAAAUAAAGACUUCAGUCUGAAACUGAAAGACCCCCAACUUAGUGAUCGUGGAGUCUACACCUGCACUGUCUAUGACAGAAAUGCAGACAUCCUGCUACAGAAAGUAGUGACUCUUAGUGUCAGAGUUCCCGAGGUGAUGGAAGUAGUUAAAGGGAUGCAGUCUGUCAUUCUGCCAUUUACAACUGAAGUCCUGAAGCUUCAGGAUGUCACCGUGGAAUGGAAACACAAAGACAAGAAAGUCCACGUGCGUCAGAAUGGCCGUAACCAGUCUCACGAUCAGGAGGUGAAUCAAGAGCCACUAACAAAUGGAAACCUGCAACACACUGAUGAUGGUACCUACACCUGCACUGUCUACAGUGAGGGUGAAGAAAUCCUGCUACAGAAAGUCGUGUCGAUCACAGUCAGAGUCUACCCGGUGGAAAUGGUGACUGCGACACAAGGAGAGAAGUCUAUCCUGCUGCCUUUUAAAGUCACAGAUCACCUUCCUCAGGAUGUCAAAGUUGAGUGGAGACUCAUUAACCCUGAAGACCGGAUGGUCUACGUGUAUGAAAGGAGUAAAAAUGAGUCUCCCUCAUGGGACCAUGUAUACAGAGGUCGUGCAGAGAUGACUGAAGAUCCACUGACAACUAAAGACCUCAGUCUGACCCUGAAAGAUCUCCGCCUCACUGACAGUGGAGUCUACACCUGCACCGUCUACAACAAGGAUGGACACAUGCUGCUACAGAAAGUAGUGACUCUCAGUGUCAGAGACUAUCCACUGGAGAUGGUGGAAGUGACACAGGGAGAGGCGUCUGUCCUGCUGCCCUUUAAAAUCACAGAAGACCUCCUUCAGGACAUCAAAGUAGAGUGGAAACAUCAAAAUAUCAUCGUCCAUGUGUAUCAGAAUAGCCAAAACCAGUCUCUCUUAAUGGACGAGGAUUAUAAAGGCCGCACAGAGAUGAACGAAGGGCCUCUGAAUAAUAAAGACCUCAGUCUGACCCUGAAAGGCCUCCAACUUAGUGACCGUGGUGGCUACACCUGCACCGUCUACAACAAGGAUGGCAGCAUCCUGCUACAGAAAGUAGUGACACUCAGUGUCAGAGGAUACCAGACAGAGAUGGUGGAGGUGAUGGAGGGAGAGGGGUCUGUCCUAAUCCCUUUUAAAAUCACAGCUGACCUUCCACGUGACAUCAAAGCAGAGUGGAGACUCACUCACCCUGAAGAAAAGAUGGUCCAUGUGUAUGAGAGUGGAAACAACCUCUCAGAUGAAGACGACCAGGAGCAGGUUUACAGUAGCCGCACAGAGAUGAAUGAAGAUCCUGUGACUACUAAAGACCUCAGUCUGACCCUGAAAGACCUCCACCUCACUGACAGUGGAGUCUACACCUGCACCGUCUACAACAAGUAUGGAUACAAGCUGCUACAGAAAUCAGUGACUCUCAGUGUCAAAGAUAGAAAGUCUGACAUUAAGGUUGAAGAUGGGGGACACAUCUGA